AUGUUGACCAAAGCUAUUCUCCUCAAUGCUCUGGCGGGCACCGCCCUGGCAUCUCCUCACCACUUCCCCGUCUUCAAGAGACAAUCCAGUCUCAGCGACUUCAUCAGCAGCGAAACCUCGAUCGCGAAGAAGGGCGUCCUUGCCAACAUCGGCGCUGACGGAGCCAAAGCCUCAAACGCCUCUGCUGGAGUCGUUGUCGCCUCUCCGUCCAAGUCGGACCCAGACUGUUCGUCGCCAACCCCCUCCCUCCCUUCCACGGCCAUGCUAACCACCACAGACUUCUACACCUGGACCCGCGACUCCGGCCUGACGCUGGCGGCCUUGAUCGAGCAAUUCCUGGCGGGCGACGACUCGCUGGAGACGCUCAUCCAGGAGUACGUCACCUCGCAGGCCAAGCAGCAGGCGGUCUCCAACCCGUCCGGCGAUCUCUCCGACGGCUCGGGGCUGGGCGAGCCCAAGUUCAACGCGGACCUCACGGCGUUCACGGACGCCUGGGGACGGCCGCAGCGCGACGGGCCGGCGCUGCGCGCCUCCGCCCUCAUCGCGUACGGCAACUCCCUGGUGACAAGCAACAAGGCGCUGGUGCAGAAGAACAUCUGGCCGAUCGUGGCUAACGACCUCGCCUACGUCGGCCAGUACUGGAACCAGAGCACCUACGACCUGUGGGAGGAGGUGCAGGGCUCGUCGUUCUUCACGACCGCCGUGCAGCACCGCGCGCUCGUCGAGGGCAAGGCGUUCGCCACCUCGCUCGGCGAGACCUGCGACGCCUGCUCGGUCGCGCCCCAGAUCCUCUGCUUCCUGCAGAGCUACUGGAACGGCUCGGCGGUCAUCUCCAACACGCCCAGCAGCGGGCGCAGCGGCAUCGACGCUAACUCCGUCCUCGCCUCCAUCCACACGUUCGACCCGGCCGCCUCUUGCGACGACACCACCUUCCAGCCGUGCAGCUCGCGCGCCCUAUCCAACCACAAGAUCUACGUCGACUCGUUCCGCGACAUCUACACCGUCAACCAGGGCCGCGGCGCUGGAAAGGCGGCUGCCACCGGGCGCUACAUGGAGGACAGCUACAUGGGCGGAAACCCUUGGUACCUGACGACCCUGGCCGCCGGAGAGAUGCUGUAUGACGCUCUCUACCAAUGGGACCAGCAGGGCGCGAUCAAGGUGGACGCAGUCUCGCAGCCGUUCUGGGCGGACCUGGUCGGCAACGUGACGACCGGAUCCUUCGCCAAAUCCUCUGCGCAGUACCAGUCGAUGACCAGCGCCGUCAAGACCUACGCCGACGGCUUCGUCUCCGUGGUGCAAGAGUACACCCCCAGCGACGGCAGCCUGUCGGAGCAGUACGCCCGCGACGGCGGCGACCCGACGUCCGCGACCGAUCUGACCUGGUCUUAUGCGGCGUUCCUGACCGCGGUCGCCAGACGCAAUGGGACUGUGCCGGCGUCGUGGGGCGCGUCGUCCGCCAGCGAUGUGCCCAGCCAGUGCAGUGGGGAGACGGUGCAGGGCGCGUAUUCCACGCCUGCCGUGCCUUCUUGGUAG